AUGGCCAGAGAAGAUGUGAGAGAGCCCGCAUCUGAGCAGACGCCUCUUUUGCGGGCGCCCGAUGGUGAUACUCCACUCCCAAAGGAAGUCAGCACCAAGGAGUUGAUUUGGAUCCUUGGGAGUAUUUGGUUGGGUGUAUUCCUGGCCGCGCUUGACACGACCAUCGUCGCCACUCUCUCCGCGCCCAUCUCCUCGUCCUUCAAUUCCUUCUCACUGCUUUCGUGGCUCGCAACCUCCUACCUGAUUUCCAAUGCCGCAUGUCAACCACUCAGUGGCCGACUCACUGAUAUAUACUCUCGUCGCUGGGGACUGGUAUUCUCCAAUAUCUUCUUCGCGAUUGGAAAUUUGAUUUGUGGCCUAGCCAGGGCUCAAUGGGUCAUCAUUCUUGGUCGCGUUGUGGCAGGUGUUGGCGGAGGUGGUCUAACGGCGAUCUCGACCUUUGUCACCUCUGACCUGAUCCCUCUGCGUAAGCGGGGUAUAUGGCAAGGCAUUGGAAACAUCUGUUUUGGCGCCGGCAUGGGACUUGGGGGUGUAUUUGGUGGAUGGAUCAAUGACACUCUGGGUUGGAGAUGGGCCUUCUUGCUCCAGGUGCCCUUCCUUGUGGUGUCCUGCGUGCUGGUUGCCGUGAAAGUCGACAUUCCUGUGAAGGACUCGGAUACAGCGCGCAUUAAACGCGUCGAUUUCCUCGGUGCCAUUACGCUGGUUCUGACGCUGGUUACCUUACUGCUUGGCCUCAAUACCGGCGGUAACCAAGUUCCCUGGACCCACCCAUUGGUUCUGGCAUCGCUGGCCAUGUCUUUUGUUUUUCUAUGUGUGUUCAUCUAUGUAGAGGCUAAAGUCGCCUCGGAGCCUGUCAUCCCCGUGCGCCUUCUGCUGAGCCGCACUGUCGCAGCCGCUUGCUUGACCAAUUGGUUCACCACGAUGGCAGUCUUCGGUCUUCUCUUCUAUCUCCCGGUCUUCUUCCAGGUACAAGGCCUGUCGGCAACUGCUGCUGGAGCGCGGUUGGUUCCGCAGGCUAUUGGUACCUCGGUCGGGUCUUUGGCAUCAGGCAUUAUUAUGCGUGCCAGCGGUCGUUACAAGCUGCUUAACUAUGUUGCCAUGGGCCUGCAGGUACUAUCGGCGGGACUGAUUUGCACAUUGGACUUAUAUACACCAGUCGGGUUGCCCUUUCUCUAUUUCUUCCUGGGCGGCGCAUCCUACGGGAGCAUGUUAACCAUCACAUUGGUUGCACUCAUAUCUGCUGUUGACCACCAGCAUCAUGCUGUGAUAACCUCAGCUUCGUAUGCUUUCCGCAGCACCGGAAGCACCAUCGGCAUCACAAUUGCGUCCGCGGUCUUCCAAAAUACCCUCAAGAUGGGCCUCUGGGGUCGCUUUGGUGAACGUGAACAUGCUAAAGAGAUGAUUGGACGCCUGCGAGAUAGCUUGGACGAGAUCUGGAAUGUACCCGCGGACUGGACACCCGGUGUCCUUGAUGCUUACAUGGACUCCCUGCGUGCAGUGUUCUUGACAUUGUUGGGCCUUGCCGUUCUGGGCUCACUUUCGAGUCUUGCUAUGCGGGAACAUACACUGCACAACAACUUGUCCCGGCGCUAA